GAAACGGUAUUUGUUAUACAAACUCUUGGCUACACUCCACUCUAGCCUGAGGACCCGUCACCAAGUUCUUAUUGAGUGCUCACAGAGGGCACGGCUCAGUGACUGGGCACGCACACCGGCAUCUGUUGUUGACAACUGUCAGGUUCAGCCUCCUUCUCCUCACCACCCCCGUCUAAAUGGGGUUUGUAAUCCUCCUUCCCACCCACUCUCUUCACUCCCUGGGGCAAGAAUGUUGACUCCUGCUCUCUGUCACCUGUCAGGAUCCAUCCUCCUGUCACCGGCUUAUAUGGACAAGUCGGCCCACCGACACGUGAUCCCAGGCUGCUAAAAACAGCCCCGGCACCCAUUCCCAACCAGGGCCUGAAACAAUGUCCUCCACCGAGAGAAAUGUAAAGGACACUUGAUCACACAAUCCUUGGAAUUAUUUCCCGGAAACACUCGCAGAAGCCAUUCGGAACACCCUUUCCCUGGCAGCGCGCUUGGGGACGGCCAGGAGAUGAGUGCAUCCCUGAAUUACAAGUCUUUUUCCAAAGAGCAGCAGACUAUGGAUAACUUGGAGAAGCAACUCAUCUGUCCCAUCUGCUUGGAGAUGUUCACAAAACCCGUGGUCAUUCUUCCCUGCCAGCAUAAUCUGUGCAGGAAAUGCGCCAGUGAUAUUUUCCAGGCCUCAAACCCGUACUUGCCCACCAGAGGCGGCACCACCGUGGCCUCAGGGGGCCGAUUCCGCUGUCCAUCCUGUAGACAUGAAGUGGUUUUGGACAGACACGGGGUAUAUGGACUUCAGAGGAACCUGCUGGUGGAAAAUAUCAUUGAUAUCUACAAACAGGAGUCUACCAGGCCAGAGAAGAAGUCUGACCAGCCCAUGUGCGAGGAGCACGAAGAGGAACGCAUCAACAUCUACUGCCUCAACUGCGAAGUGCCCACCUGCUCCCUGUGCAAGGUGUUUGGUGCACACAAAGACUGCCAGGUGGCUCCCCUCACACACGUGUUCCAAAGGCAGAAGUCUGAGCUCAGUGAUGGCAUCGCUGUCCUUGUGGGAAGCAAUGAUCGAGUCCAGGGAAUAAUCAGCCAGCUGGAGGAUACCUGUAAAACUAUUGAGGAGUGCUGCAGAAAACAGAAACAGGAGCUGUGUGAGAAGUUCGAUUACCUUUACGGCAUCCUGGAGGAGAGGAAGAAUGAAAUGACCCAAGUUAUUACCCGAACCCAAGAGGAGAAACUGGAACACGUCCGUGCUCUAAUCAAAAAGUAUUCUGAUCAUUUGGAAAAUGUAUCAAAGUUAGUUGAGUCAGGAAUCCAAUUCAUGGAUGAGCCAGAAAUGGCAGUGUUUCUGCAGAAUGCCAAAACCCUCUUACAAAAAAUCUCUGAAGCAUCAAAGGCAUUUCAGAUGGAGAAAAUAGAACAUGGUUAUGAGAACAUGAACCAGUUCGCAGUCAACCUCAAUCGAGAAGAAAAAAUAAUACGUGAAAUUGAUUUUUACAGAGAAGAUGAAGAUGAAGAAGAGGAAGAAGAAGGAGAAAGAGAAGGAGAAGGAGAAGAAGUGGAAGAGGUAGAAAGUGUUCCAAUAGCAUCAUCAGGUGAAGAGGAAAGUCUGGAAAAAGCCUCGGAGCCCUCUCAGCUGGCCUCAGAGCUCCAGGCUGUGCCAGGGGCACUUCUGGUUUCCUCCUCAGAGCUACCUCCAGCCCUCCCACCUGCUGCAGAUGUCCCAGUGACACAGGGGGAGGUUGUGCCCACUGGCUCUCAGCAGACCACAGAGUCUGAAACUCCAGUCGCUGCAGCGGCAGAAACUGCGGAUCCCUUGUUUUACCCUAGUUGGUAUAAAGGCCAAACUCGGAAAGCCAUCACCAACCCACCUUGCAUCCCAGUGAGUGAAGGUCUGGGGCAAAUAGUGCCUCCAGGUUCUGAGGAUUCGAAUGUGCAGAAGGCAGAAGUGGCAGAAACUGCAGCCAAUGAGAGGGCAGCAGUGAGUGGUAAGGAAACUAGUUCACCUGCAGCUACUUCUCAGACUGGAUUUGAGGUCCCUGCCCUCCAGGGACAGGCCUCAGCUUCAGGGAGUGGAAAUGGAGCUGAGUCUGAGCCAGCUCGCCACGUCUUCUCCUUUUCCUGGUUGAACUCCCUGAAUGAAUGAUGUUCAUUCCAAGUGCCUCCCCUCUCUCUGCCUGACUGAGAUGCACACAGGCAGCAGGGAACCUCAGUGAAAUUAACAUGGUGUGGAUGAUGAAAGGGACCUCCAAACAGGAUUUCUGCAAAAAAUAAAAAAUGAAACAAAAACAAAAACUUUAACUCCAGGUGACUUCUCUAAUUAUUGAGGGAGAAUACAGUUGCAGAAAGCACUGGAAAAAAGAAACUUGAUCUUACAGAAAUCUUUUCUUGUAUGGGAAACACUAGGAAGGGCUUGUAGGUAUGGUAUGUGUGUGUACGUCAGUUAGAAGCAGCAAGUGUUGAAAAAUGUGGGCACUAUACUCUUGUCGCUGAUAGGCACUGGCUUUUUGUUAUUAUACCACUGCAGCUCUUAUUCUUUUCUUUUUAACAGUGCAAUUUUUCAGUGAAAUUCAGUGUCAAUUCAGAAGUGACUAGUUAUAUCCAUACAAAGGGACUUCAAGAAAUUCAUGGAAAAA